UGAACAAUACUAACUGAAUAAAUAAAUCUACUGUAAAUUGAAUACAUGAUUGCAAUAACAAUGAAAUUUGCGCUCAUAAUAACGCUCAGUUGUAUCGCGAUUUACGGCAACUGCAAAAUUAUUAAGGUGUGCAACGGUGACCAACUGCACAGCGCCCUGUCAUCGGCAGCACCGGGUGAUACCAUACGCUUACACGACGGCAAUUACCAUGGAUCAUUUGAGACCAACAUAUCGGGCACAGCCUCGGCCCCCAUCAGACUCACUGGCUCUAAACAUGCGAUCAUAACAGGCAUUAAAUACGGCUUUUGGCUUAAGGCCGACCACUGGGUGCUAAUGGGCUUCACUGUUGCCGACUCUCAAAAGGGUAUAGUACUGGAGGGCGCCUCACAUAACCUCAUAGACAACGUGGAGGUGCAUAACGUUACGCAAGAGGGCAUACAUUUUCGGUGGGGCAGCACUGAUAAUACACUACAACACUCGUACAUUCAUCACACCGGGAGGGGCACAAUAAAAGAUCAGGGUUAUGGCGAGGGUGUCUAUAUUGGGCAAGCGUCUAACAAUUGGCAAAAUGGUCAGCCAGACAAGAGUGACCGCAAUAAAGUGCUCCACAACCGGAUCGGACCCGAAGUUACAGCCGAGUGUAUAGACAUCAAAGAGGGCUCGUGUUGUGGCCUAAUUAAGGGCAACCAUUUCGAUGGCCAUGGUGAAUCGGGACAAAACUAUGCCGAGUCCCACAUCGAUGUUAAGGGAGAUAACUAUACUAUUGAAGGCAAUACAGGCACUCAUCCUUUGAAACAUGGUUUUGAGAUACACCACCAAACAAAAGCCGGUAUCGGUGGCUGCGGUAAUACCAUUAAAGGCAACCAUUGCCGUAAUUUACCAUCGGGUGGCGAAUGUGUGGUCAACUUUUCAACCGAUUGCGAAAACUAUGUGCAAAAUUAAUUGUUUUUAUAAUGUAUUUUAAGUAUAUAUUAUGUACAUUAAUAGAAAAUUGACAGAAAAUAAUAAAUUGCAUA